UUUCGAUAACUCUAAGUGAGAAUUUAUGAUACAAGCUGAUUCAAAAGUCAGCCAUAGAGUUGACAAAAACAGUCUGCUGACGAGAGUCUAUUCUAUAAUUCGGAAGAAUUAUUUUAUAUUCUUUAGGUUUUGAAAUAAUUGGAAAUUUAUUAUAACGUUUUUGUUUUAUGCUCGAGGGUAGGAACAUGGUCGGAGAAACUGAUCGACGGCGGUGGAGUUGCCCGGCCUCGCAAAGUUCAAGUUUCGGCUCCUUGACCUAAUCGCCGCAACCAGAGACAUUCGAUUGCACGAAACCGUUCUCAAUCUCAUCUACUCUCGGUGUAGCUUUCUUCUCAGUCUUUUCCAAUGUUUCCUUCUUCCCAGAAGGAGAACGAGGCGCAGGGAAGGAGCUCCAACUUUCCAUCCAGUUCUAAAUUUUUCCACCAAGAUCAAUGUUAUUGGCUCCCUACUGGUCCAAUCCCUAGAUGCGAGAGCAAAUCCAAGCUGAGUACACGAAGAAUUUGCAAGAAAUUCACGAGCUAGCGCAUAUCGCAUCGCCCGAGGGAAAGCAAGGCGCUUUCUCCACUGUCGCAGCACUUUCCGAUGGUUCAAUUAGCAUCACGUGAAGAGGCGGUGAAAUGCCAUCAAAAUUGCACGGAGUAAGGUCGCUGGAACUACUACGUUCUGCUGCUGCUAUUGCUUCAUGGUCUUCUUCUUUCACAACAUCGCUGACCAGGACUAAGCAGCUGCACGCCCUCCUCAUUACCACCUCGAUUCUCUCUCUGAAUCACCCCAUCACGACCACCGACCUUCUCCGUUCAUAUGUAUCCCAUAGUGACCUCCCUUCUGCACGCCGCCUGUUCGACCGGUGUCCCAGCAGGACGCCACUCCUCUGGAAUUCCAUCAUACGAGCGUACGCACGCCUCCGCCAAUUCCCAGUUGCCUACACCCUCUUCGACCAAAUGCGUCAUAGCGCUGGCAGUAGGCCUGACUGCUACACCUUUGCCUGCGUCCUUCGUGCCUGUGCGGAGAACUCUGAUGCCAAUGGUGUCGAUAUGAUCCAUGCAGUUGUUCUGAGUACUGGUCUUGGCUCCAGUCUCCUUGUCACCACUGCAUUGGUCAACUCAUACUCUAAACUAGGUCGAAUCAAUAAUGCUAGGAUGUUGUUUGAUAAGCCACGCGCACCUGACUUGGUGCUCUGGAAUUCAAUCAUCGCAGGAUAUGGUUAUGGUGGAUUUUGGCAAGAGGGGCUGGAACUGUUUCGAAGAAUGCGAGAGACUGAUAAGGAGCCAGAUGGGUAUACCAUUGUUGCACUGGUCUCCUGCUUCUGCAGUUCGAGUGUCUUGCAGUUUGCCAAGGGAGUUCAUGGUUUUUGCUUGAAGGGAGGCUAUGAUGACAAUUCCUACGUGAGAAGUGCACUUGUCAGUAUGUACUCCAGGUGCAGAUUCAUGGACAUGGCCUAUCAAAUAUUCAGGUGUAUGAACCAGCCAGAUCUGGUUACUUGGUCAGCCCUUAUAUCUGGUUUCUCACUAGCAGGACAAUAUAAGGAAGCUUUAACUUUGCUUGGAGAAAUGACUAGUUCAGGGAAAAGGCCAGAUGCAAUUUUAGUUGCUUGUGCUCUAUCUGCUUGUGCUUCAAUUGCAGCAGCCAGACCUGGCAAAGAGAUCCACUGUUAUUCGUUGCGGACCGGCAUCCAUCUAGAUCAUGCAGUAUCAUGUGGUCUAAUAGAUAUGUAUUCAAAGUGUGGUUUUUCUGACUCGGGGUAUCUGGCAUUUGAACUGAUGCCUGAGAAAAAUGUGGUUGCCUACAAUGCGGCUAUAUCAAAUCUAGGUUCCCAUGGGCUCUUCAACCGAGCAUUUUUCGUCUUCGAAUGUAUGCUUAAGGAUGGGUAUCAACCUGAUGCAGCUACGUUUUCAGCUCUCCUGUGUGCUUGUUGUCAUUCAGGACUCAUGGAUGAAGGGUUAAAAUUCUUCAAUAGAAUGAAAGAUCAGUUUGGUAUUGAAUCCCAGAUGGAACAUUAUGUAUAUAUGGUAAAACUUCUCGCAAUGGCCGGGAAAUUGAAAGAUGCUUAUGAUCUUAUACACUCAAUGCCUAUGCCAGCAGAUUCAGGUGUUUGGGGAGCAUUGCUAUGGGGUUGUAACAUUCAUGGAAAUCUGGAUAUGGGCAGAGUCGUUGCUGAAAAGCUCUUUGAGAUCCACCCUGACAAAACUGCAUACAGAGUAAUGCUUUCCAAUAUAUAUGCUGCUGAAAAGAAAUGGGAAGUUGUAGAAAGAUUAAGGAAACCAAUUACGGUAGGCGGUUUUCAGAAGAGUCCUGGAUUUAGUUGGAUCGGAGGGGAUGUUAUAUGAAAUUGUUGCUUUUGGAUUCUAUCAGUGGUCACAUAGUUUCAUCAUGCUUGGUUGCUAUCUUCUU